AAGGGAAGGGUCGUCAGGCACGGGCCUCCGGAGACAGAGAGGGCGGGGGCCGGGUCCUCUCCCCGCCGGCCUCCCGGCAGCUGGGCGCCUCCCACCCCACUCCCCCGGCGCCUGCAGCCCUCCCAGCUCCGGCCCCCUCCCUGGCCCCCGCCCCGCCAGCCGCCUGAUCUCUGGGCCGCCACCCCCCGGAGGAGACCGACUGCCCAGACCGCGGGUCCCGGGGCUCCCUGCGCUGGCCAAUCCUGGGGGACCCCCCGACUGUCUCCCAGAGCGGGGUGGGGAAGGGGAACCCUAUCCGCUGCCGUCUCCAAGAGGGCUGCCAGGUGAGCGCCGGAACAGACAGUAUCUGUUUACUCCUGUUUUGAAAGACUGGAAUAUUCCAAACCUACAUGUCCCAGUAACACACACAAGAAUAAAAGAUAAACACCACAGAGCUUUGGAGGAAAAACGACAGUCCGUUAAACACCGCCCCCCUCACCAGGUCCUGGCUCCUUGGUGAAUUCUGGCUGCCUUCAUUGUGUGAAAGGGGGCUCCCUCCAGCUCCAGAGAUCUCACAUUGGCUUGAGACUGACAGGUUCCUCAGAAGAGCAGACCCACGGGACUGGGCACCGGGCGCCGGCGACGGGAGAUGGGCGGCCGGCCCUCGCGGCAGCGGCGGCCCGCGGACCCGCCCUUGGCCCUGGACGCGCUGCCCCCAGAGCUGCUGGUGCAGGUGCUGAGCCACGUGCCGCCGCACGCGUUAGUGACGCGCUGCCGCCCGGUGUGCCGCGCCUGGCGCGACGUGGUGGACGGGCCCACCGUGUGGCUGCUGCAGCUGGCCCGCGACCGCAGCGCCGAGGGCCGCGCACUCUACGCGGUGGCCCAGCGCUGCCCGCCCAGCAGCGAGGACGACGAAGAGCUCCCGCUCUGCGCCCUGGCGCGCUACUGUCUGCGCACGCCCCUCGGCCGCAACCUCAUCUACAACUCCUGCGGCGAGAAGGGCUUCAGAGGCUGGGAGGUGGAGCACGGUGGGAAUGGCUGGGCCGUGGAAAAGAACGUAACACUGGUGCCGGGGGCCCCUUCCCAGACCUGCUUCGUGACUUCUUUCGACUGGUGCUUCAAGAGGCAGCUUGUGGACCUGGUGAUGGAGGGGGUGUGGCAGGAGCUGCUGGACAGUGCCCAGAUCGAGAUCUGCGUGGCCGACUGGUGGGGUGCCCGAGAGAACUGCGGCUGCAUCUACCGGCUCAGGGUGCGCCUCCUGGAUGUGUACGAAAACGAAGUGGUCAAGUUCUCGGCCUCGCCCAACCCAGUCCUUCAGUGGACUGAGAGGGGCUGCCGCCAGGUCUCCCACAUCUUCACCAACUUUGGCAAGGGCAUCCGCUACGUGUCUUUUGAGCAGUAUGGGAGAGACACACGCUCCUGGGUGGGGCACUACGGCGCCCUGGUGACCCACUCCAGCGUGCGGGUCAGGAUCCGCCUGUCCUAGCUGACCAGCCGGCCGGACGCCACCGUCAAUCCAGGGCUUUGUGGCCAGGAACCAGGGGCUGCCCAGGCUCGGUGGGGUGGGCACAUCUGGCACAUUCUGGUUAUGCCCCCACUUGCUGCUGCUUCUGCAUGGGGCCCAGCAGCGAUCACAAGCCAGAGAUCUACCCAGGCUGUGUGGAGAGGACUUCCUUGGCUCCCCAGGUGGGCACAUCGAGGACUGACCCAGAGGCAGUUAGUUGUUUGUUUGCCCCCAAAGUGUUUUCUCACGUGUGACAGUAUCAAUUGGGUCAAGAAACCAGGGUCAAACCAGGGUUUAUGAGGGGGAGAAGCUGCUGAGUCUGGGAACAGGAAAUCUUGCCUGCACAUUUUUGGAGUAAGCUGAUUAGGGAGCAGAGAGGUCAAUCAGAGCAGUGAGACCACACGGGCCUCAGAAGAAACACUGGCCAUUAUGUUGGGGUCCCCAGGAUUCAACUAUGGGGCACAUAUAACCUGCCUUCCCUUACAACGACUGCCCGCAUCAUCCCAUCAGCAACACGAGCCUGUUCGCGCCCAGUUGGCACUGGUUCUAUCAGAAUUCCUCAAAGGCCAGGUCCCCUGCAUUUCUCUGCUGAACUUGAGCUGUGUCUCCCACUCCAACCUCGGGCCCCUGCUUCAGGGGCAGCUCGCCUCCUGCUGGGCCACCCCCCUUUUCUCGGUACUUCAGCCUGCUUCUCCUGUACACGGACUCCUGGUGCAAGGUCUAUAGGGAAGGAAAGCUCCCUGUUCCCCAACUCCGCUGGUUUCUCCCAUUUUCCCAGCUGCGCACAGCCAACAAACUAGCUCAAUAAAAUUGGUGCUAAA